CACAGCCAAAGCAGGAUUCAAAGGAACAUCUGUUUUCCUCCCAACUUCCCACCACUAUACAAAGGCGAAGCGGGGGGAGAAACAACUCUUAGCGCUCUCCAGCCUGUUUCUGCAGCCUGGUCCCGAAGCCAAGGCAUCUACAAGGAAGUGAUGGCUCUCCAUAGGACCCAUUCACUGCUUCUGCUCUUGGUCUUAACCCUACUGGGCUUGGGGUUGAUAAAACCCUCCUAUGGCCAGGAUUUAAUGUACCAACGGUUCCUGCGGCAGCACAUGGAUCCUGACGGGGCAGGCGGCACUGAUGGAUACUGCAACGUGAUGAUGCAAAGACGGAGAAUGACUUGGAAUCGGUGCAAGCCUGUCAACACCUUCAUUCAUGAAAACAUCUGGACCACACGCAGUAUCUGCUACACCCCCAAUAUUCAGUGUAAAAAUGGCAAUAUGAACUGCCAUGAGGGUAUAGUAAAGGUCACAGACUGUAGGGAAUCAGGGGUAUCCAGAGCCCCCAACUGCAGAUAUCGGGCAAUGGGCAGAACUAGGCGUGUUGUCAUUGCCUGUGAAGGUAACCCAAAGGUGCCUGUGCACUUUGAUGGAUAGAUACCUUCCUGGGGGGAUUAUAUAUAUCCAGCAGUGACCUUUAACUUGCUCUCUGACAAGCAAUGAGUAGUGCAUUUGAACAGUCUUUCUGCUCUCUGCUUAUUUCUUGUUAAUUUUCUCUGUAUAAUCCAUUAUGUUAAAUGAGCCUCAGUAAUGAGCCUGAGCUUUUCUGCAAUAAGCUUUCUUUUGUAAUAGAGUCAACCUAGUUCUCUUAGGUACUGUUCUCCGGGUUUUAAUCAUUAUAUGCAUUUAUAUAGCAUUUUAACCAUUCAGAUGUGCUUUCAUCCAAAUCAUCUCAUUUUAAUACCACAGCACUCUGACACUGGUGAUGCUGCUCCAUCUAGGGAAGGAAGUUAAGGUAUUUGCUGAGAAACAUAAAAUUACUGGAAAAAAGAGAAUAAUUGACUUCUAAGACCAGGGCUUAUUACAUGUCAUUGUAAAGAGGGUUUUGAAGUUCUGCUUUUUGUUAUUCCCAUAAAUCAGUUGUUGGGGAAGUAUCAAAGUCUUGAAACUAUGUAUAUUGGCAAAAUGAGAGCUCUCUCUGUGUAAUUGGGCAGCCUUGCUAUGUUUGGGUCUAAUAAGAUUAAGAAAUAAUACAAGGAAUUUUCUUUCUGUCUUAUCCAAUGUUUGACUCACUGUAGUAAGUCAGAACAUUAAAAAAUGCACUAGAUCAUUGUCUUAUUCACUCUUCCUGAUCAAACAAUUUUCUUCUUUUCUUUAUAAUAAAUGGCUUAACUG